UCUUUGCAUCUCCUUCCCAUUCCACCCUUUUGCAUCCACUUAAAACACCACUUUUGAGGAGGUAGCAGCAACACCACAGGGAAGUGGCCAGGGCUCAGAUAGGCUGUGUUCCGUAAGCAGAAGUGCCUUUCUGUUGGCAGUAGACAUGUUUGAAUUGAAGCCAUUGACUUCCAAACUAUCUUUAAAAGCACCUACUCUCCUAAACUGGACUCCAACUGCAAUUGUUAGAGAGUAACAAUUCAUUAUCAGAUUUCAAAGAACCAAAAUGCUAUUCAUUUUUGUCUUAUCCAAAACUGCUUCUUACUGAUCAUGUAGGUAGAAGAUACAUGGUUUUUGAUAUGUUGCUUUUUAUUUUACUAGACCCUCCCCCCCCCCAGGUCACCAAGGCUUCUAUCAGAGUACUACUCUGAGCACAAGGAGAGUGCAGUAAAUAAGAUAGUACUGAUUCAGACUUCUGGCCCAUUUUUAUUAUAUCUGAGAACUUUCUUCCACAGAGCCCAAUGAAAACCUUAAUAAAUUUAAUACUAUAUAUUUGUGUUGACAGACUGACCGGGGAGCAAAAUGUACUUACUGGCUUGUAUGUCAUUACUUUUUCUUCAGCAUUGUCACACUGAUUGAUGGAGGACUGCACAAGCUGGUUGCUUUUCUGGAUCAUUCUUUAAUAUGUGACUCAAUCACGGCCAUUGCUUAAUCUGUCAAAGCCUGCUGGUGUAAUUCGCAUCAUUUCAUUACCCCCCUCCUAUACCUGUAGUCAUACAAAUGAAAACAUCACAGUGAAUCAAUAUUCUCAUUUGAUUGUCAGCGACAGCAGUUUUUGCACCUGCUGUUUUUUCCCUGUGGAUAUCCUAGGAAUGAUUCAUUCAAUCUCUACCAGUAGUAAAAUAUAUAUUGUUGUGAUUUUACUGUGUGCACGUUAUGAAUGAACUUGUUUUAUAGGCCCACAGGCACAUCCCUAUUUUAAGGAUGGGGUGGGAAGUAGAUUCUACAGUUUAUAGUUAGGAAAUGGUUCAACAGACUGAUUUGAAGCUUGGCAGGGAAGGUAAGUUUCAGGAUAGUUUGCGGCAAAUUUGGGGUAGAAAACGUAAGAAAUGGCACACGUUCAGGGUGAACCUUGUGUGAGAAGGUUAGGGGGAGGGGAGUUGCAUGAAAUACUGUAAAUCAAUUUUCCAUCACCUGGACAGUUUGGGCCAGUAAUUAUAACAUCAGUACUUCUGAUUUCAACAGGGAAACAGUCAUGGGCAUAGCCCAGGGGGGCAGGGGCAGCUGUUCCCUCCCAGUAGAUCAAGUAAAACAAUAGAAAUACUUAACUAACUGACCAAUCACAUAGGUUCUGCACCCCCUAACAAAAGUCCUGCCCCCCCCCAAACAAAAAUCCUGUCUAUGCCCAUGGAAACAGUUAGGUCUGGCUCCCAAGUUCAGUCUUUCCCCUCACCUUACAUUGUCAAGACAGAGAGAUCACGGGAGUAUGUACAUUAGACUUGAAGAGAUUACCCGUAGGCAUUGAUAACAAAGAUUUUGACACAAAAUACUGGGCAUAUUAGUUCUGUUUGUUUUAUGUUCAUUUGAAUUAACUUAAGAAAUACUUGUCUGUAGGACAGAAAGUACUAAACUUCUAGUCUGUGGUAAAAGGCUCUGUAAUUAUCUUUUAAUUCAUAGAAAAAUCAAGCUGCAAAGGCAUAUAAUUUUUAUAUGGGCUGCUAAUAGCAGUGGACCAGUAAAGAAAUGAUUCUGAAAUAAAUGUUCUGUGGCAUUUUCUAGUUGUUGCUUCUGUUUCACCAAGUACCCCUGGAAGUUUGUUGUGUUUUUGGUCCAAAGGAAGAGUAUAUUGAUUAAAAAAGAAAGAUGUAUUAAAAGUACAAUAAAUACAGUAAAACAAACAAAACUAUGAAAAGCAAUCAAGCAAAACAACAUAUAAUACCAAAUCACCAAAUACUCAACUAAUCACAUUAGAAAUGCAUUUGUGAACUGCACAGAAGUUUUGACUUCCUUGAACUCCCCUUGCUAUUGAAAUUGGUUGAUCCAUCCAACAGGGCAUGCGGCAAACAGUUCAGCUCAUCUCCUUUGAAAAUCUCUCAGAUACUUCCUUAAGUAAUAGGAUAAAUCACCUUACCUAUAUGAUGAAACGAGAGGUGUGAAUCUUAACUGUCUUUUACUGUGAUACUACUGCAACUAGGAUGUGGGGAUAAUUUAUAAGGGCUAUUGUUCUUUGAAUAUGCUCAUAUUUUUCGUGUUUGAUAGUGCUUACCCUUUUUUCUGACAUAAAAAAGUACAGUGAGGUUAUAUAUUCAGUUUUUAUUUUGGACUUCCUGUAUUCUGAGUUUUUGUCUGCAGUAAAAUGGCUAAUUUGCCUGUAUCUUUUUAACAUUACUGAGACCUGGCUAAUUAAUGCCUAGGGUAUGGAUCAUUUUCCUUCUUUUUAAUGGAACAGAGCACCAAAGCCUAUAUUUUUGAAACAAUACUCCUUGGGUCUUCAUGUACAGUACUUACAAUUUUUGCUCUAUUAUAUUUUAUCUUUCUUUUUCCACUUUAGUAGUUUGGACAUUAUAUUUUUAAAUCAUAGCAAUUUUUCUAUUCAUACCUACUUUCUGAUCGAGAUACCACUUGCCACAUGCUGUUUUGAAUCUAAAACAGCAUGAGAUUCCAGUUUCCUAUUCUUUCAAACAUGUAGCUACAUGAAUAAAGGAAUAAAGCAGAAAUUCAUAUUCUAGAUAUUAAAUUCUCUCAAGCUUAUGGUCAGAGUUGCAUCCAUACUUACAACUCAAUCCUAACCAAGUUCAUUCAGAAUUAAAGCCAGUGGGGCUUGCUCCCAGGUUAGUGUGGUUAGGAUUGUCUGAACAAAACCCUUAGAGAGAGAGUUUUGGAUUUGAUAUCCCACUUUAUCACUACUCUACUGAGUCUCAAAGCGGCUAACAAUCUCCUUUCCCCUCCUCCCCCACAACAGACACCCUGUGAGGUGGGUGGGGCUGAGAGACUUCAGAGAAGUGUGACUAGCCCAAGGUCACCCAGCAGCUGCAUGUGGAGGAGCGGAGACGCGAACCCGGUUCCCCAGAUUACGAGUCUACCGCUCUUAACCACUACACCACAACUGAAUGAAAGUCAGAUAGACAUGCUGGGUUGAAACCAGAGUUUUUGAAACUGUUGAUAUUAACCCGAUACAGUGACGAGGAUUCCAGGACUGAAUGACAAACCCCUCUCCAUCUCUGAUGGAUGCCAAAGAAGUGGUUGCCAAUAAUCCCAUGAACACUACAAGGCAUGCACCUGGUAUUAUGGUAUCCAUUCAAGUACUGAUUAAUCUGCAUAAUUAAAUAACUAUUAUUACCAUUUUGAAUGCACUGGGGCUGAUGAAAGCAGGAUAGAUUCUGUCACUGGUGCUCAUCAAUUUAAGGAGUUUUACUUCUGCUGACAUUAAUUUUGGCUGCUCUUAUUCCAGUUAAGUUUAUGAACAAAUGUGCUUAAAGAAGAAAGGAUCCCCAAACAAGUCCAUCAACUACAAGUGUUUGCCUAUUUGUUUAACGGAAAUCUAUUUUUCUAAAGAGGACAAUAGCCUUUUCUUUCACAUGAAUUCUGAAUCAUGGUCCCUUCUCUUGUGGGGGCCCAAUUAGUGCCAUUGCCUUCCGUUAAGAGCUUGGGUGUAAUCCUUGACGCCUCCCUUUCUAUGUAGGUGCAGGUUACUACAACAGCUAAGGCGACAUUUUUCCACCUUCUCCGCAUUAAUUAGUUGGUCCCUUACCUUUCCCGCCCUGACCUAGCCACAGUGAUCCAUGCGGCGCUGAUGGUCACCUCCAGGUUUGACUACUGUAAUUCGCUCUACGUGGGGCUGCCCUUGGAGCUGUCUCAGAAACUCCAGUGGGUGCAGAAUGCUGCAGCGAGGCUCCUCACGGGGUCCCUGCCAUGGGAGCAUAUUCACCCAGUGCUUUUCCAGCUGCACUGGCUCCCGGUGGAGUACGGGGUCAGAUUUAAGGUGCUGGUUUUGACCUUUAAAGCCCUUUACAGCCUAGGACCCUCGUACUUACAGGACUGUCUCUCCCGGUAUGCCUCGUGGAGGACCUUAAGGUCCAUAAACAAUAAUACCUUAGAGGUCCCGGGCCCGAAGGAAAUAAGAUUAGCCUCUACUAGAACCACGGCCUUCUCAACACUGGCCCCGACCUGGUGAGACCAGGGCCCUGCAGGAUCUGAUUUCUUUCCACAGGGCCUGUAAGUCAGAGUUGUUCCACCUGGCAUUUGGCCUGGAGUCAACCUGAUUCCCUCCCCCAUUUUCCCUUUUCCCCUUUUGUAUGAGGCUGCAUUUUUAAUUUAAUUUUUAUGUAUUUAGUCUUGGUGUUGAGUUGUAUUUUAACCAGUUGUUUUAUAUUUGGUGUUAGCCGCUCUGAGCCCGGCUUUGGUUGGGGAGGGCGGGGUAUAAAUAAAUUUAUUAUUAUUAUUAUUAUUAUUAUUAUUAUUAUUAUUUGCAGAAAAAACAUGGUUAUGCUGAUAUUUAUUCAGAAGUCAUACAUUCAUUUAUUUUCAUUUUAUUAGAAACUUAAAACACCUGGUCCCAACAUCAACAAAAUAGUUUGCAAUGCAUAAAAAAUAAACAUAGAACUUUGCACCCUUUUUUGCAGAUUAACACCUUUCUUAAGUGUGAGUGGCAUGUGAAGGACUGUUUCCUCAGUUGUCCCUUGGUUCAUAUGAGGAAUUGUUGAUGAAUGAAUAUGCAAUUCCCUGGCAAAGACAAACUGUCAGCAAAAAAUCAGAGGCCGAUCAAAAUGUACUUUCCGAACUUUUCUUUGCUGUUUUACACUACUAUUGAAUGGAAACCUGACAGAGAUUAAAAGCUGAAAUAUGCUGACUGCUAGCUGUUCAAAAAUUAGCCCCCCAUUCUUUGCUUUCUAAUAAAAAAGGACAGAGGAGGAAGUCAAGAGACACCAUCCAUAUCAUUCACUGAUCAUUUCCACUGACAGCAAACCAAAAUGACUUUGUUGGGAGAGUUACUAAGUUAGAGAAUGUGAUUAAAUAUAUGAGUGGAUGAUGAAGGGGUGCAUCACUGAUAUUCCUUUAGGAGAAUCACACUGCAGGAUAUCAAAAGGCUGCCCUUGGUAAGAAUGGUGGGGUAUACAUUUACCAUAUUAGCAUUUACCACAAAGCAAAAAUCUCUCCGCCUUUAAGAGUUCAGGAAGAAAUAGAGUUUUAUUUCAGCUUCCUGUUAUUAGUUGCUGACCAUUUUAUGUAUUUUUGAGAGCCAUUCUUUCCAGUGACUGUACAGCAAUGAGAACCUUGCAGAAGCAGCAAGGUUGGACUGUUAUUAAUUUAUUUGCUGACAAGUUAAAUAUAUAUAUAUCUGAAAGUGUGUUUAUACUACUUCUAAUAUAACUAAUAGGAAGCAAUGGAUCAGGCACAUUCCCUAAACAGUCCAAAGCACAUAUACAGUGUGCAGUAACUGGAUUACAAUUUAUGGUUUUGUAGAGCAGGGGUAGCCAUUGCAGUGCCUGCCAGAUGUUUUAGACCAAAGCACCUAUUCUUCCCAGCCAGCAGGGAAUGAUGGUCAGGGAUGAUGGAAGCUGUAGUUCAGCAAUGUUUGCAGGGGACUACAUUGCCUAUCCUUCUAGAGCAGACUGGUGGGCAACAAGGGGCACAAGGAGAGGGAAGAAAAGUCCUAUUGCACAUGCAGAAGUCCUUGCGCUAAUGGGACUUCAUUGGAUGCCACCCCAUCUGCCCUAUACUUCAUAUAACUGCCAUAAUUGAAUUUUGUGCCAUUACUCCUUUUCACUUUUUCUGAGGGAAGAUAAUUGGCACAUAAAGAUACACAUAAAGAUAAAAAGAUAUAUACAUACAAAUAUGUAUAAAAUGAAUUGUAAUUGUUUAAAAGGCCUUUAAUGAUACAGCACAAGAGAUGUGGACUGGAAAUCCAGGUGCUUUUGCAAAUUUUUGCAGUAUAGUUUCUUUGUAAUCUUUUUUACCUCAGUCAACUCAUUCCUUGCUUCUUAUAUCUGUCAAUAUUGUUGGAAAACUUAGCCUGUUGUUGGAACAUUUUCUUUUUCAUUUACAGAUUCACAAAGGCAGGGAGAAAACAACUGACCAACUGAUUCUUUUCUUCUAACUUUAGUGAAGAGAUGUGUGUGACUGAAAGAACCACAAACAAGAAUUCUACAGAGGCUCAACCUGUUCUAGGACUGGUCUUGGGUAGCAUCUCCCUGAUCACAGUUGUAAUGAAUAUUUUGGUCCUGUAUGCAGUGAGAACAGAAAAGAAACUGCAGACAGUUGGCAAUCUUUAUAUUGUCAGUCUAUCAUGUGCAGAUGUUAUAGUUGGUGCAGCUGUCAUGCCACUAAACAUUGUGUACUUGCUGAAGGAUAAAUGGAUCUGGAAUAGAAAUGCUUGCCUGUUUUGGCUGUCGAUGGAUUAUGUUGCUAGCACAGCCUCCAUAUUCAGUCUCUUCAUACUUUGCAUAGAUCGUUACCGUUCUGUCCAGCAGCCACUAAAAUAUCUCAAGUACCGGACCAAAACGAGAGCCUCUGUUAUGAUAUCAGUAGCUUGGCUGCUCUCUUGUAUGUGGGUAAUCCCAAUCCUUGGCUGGCGCAAUUUUUAUAAGGACAGCAACACAACUGUUAGCAAUGGGGCUGAUAAUGGAAAUAUAUGUGAAACAGAUUUUUGCAAUAUCGUGUGGUUUAAAGUUUUGACAGCCAUGAUAAACUUUUAUGUGCCAUCACUGCUGAUGCUUUGGUUCUAUGCAAAAAUAUACAAGGCAGUCCAGCGGCAUUAUCGGCACCGGGAGCGCAUACAUGGGUCUUUUAUAUCAUCCUCGGAAAAAUCAGGUAUGUACAGUGGAAGGCUGCAAGAAGUGCAAAAGAUUUGUUUCCGAAGUGCAAGUAAAGAUAUUGGACAAGUCUCAAAUGAGAACAGCUGUGACCAGAACAAAAGAACGGCAGCCAAAUAUCCAGCAAGCAAUUUUGUUAAUGUCCCCAAGGGUGUUCAUUGCAGUAACCAUGAAGUAGUGAAGCUUAGCUGUUUUCCUCUAGCCCUUGCACAGAGUGACAUGAAAACAGGCACUGCAGACAUGAGGUAUGACUGUGCCGAUAAAAGCACUCGGAUUACAGAGAACCUUUGCCCCCAAGACUUUGAGUUAAGCAAGACUUUGGAUGAGAAGAUUUACACAGAGCAGCCUCCCUGCAGAAAUUACUCUGAUUUCACUCUAGAGGAUCAUCCUUAUAUCGAAGGGUGUUUCCCUCAGUAUACCAACAAAAAAGACAGCACAAGUCUCCGUCAGUUGAAAAAGACAUGGGAGAAGCUACGCAGCCAUUCCAUGAGUGUUAAUCAAGGGUUGCGUAUGAACAGAGACAGAAAGGCAGCCAAACAAUUGGGAUUCAUAAUGGCAGCAUUUAUGCUGUGCUGGAGUCCAUAUUUUGUUUUCUUCAUGGUCAUGGCCUAUUGUGAAAGCUGCUACAAUCGGCCAGUUCAUAUGUUUACUAUUUGGCUUGGCUAUGUAAAUUCUACUUUAAAUCCAUUUAUAUAUCCACUCUGUAAUGAGAACUUCAAAAAGGCUUUCAAGAAGAUAUUUCAUAUGAAACCCUAGCUUCUUUUUUGGAAUAUUCUGGGGUGGAGUGAGGGAGGGGAUCCUCAGUAUCAUGGUGGAAGGAAAAAUUGACUUUCUAGUACCGGUACUAUAGAGAAUAAUUGCAAACGCAGCAAAUUCUUUUAGAAGAUCCUUGGGAACUGAAGAAAUUGAAAAGAGUGAAAAACAAAAAGGAGAGAUUUAAGUAAAAUAUUGUGCUUUAUUAAUUAAACACUCCCAAGUUUUAGCCUCAGGGUUGUUUUUGUUUUGAAAAUAUUUUCAUGGUAUUUUUAUUUUCCAGUUAUAUUCUUUGUAACAAAACUGAGACAAAAUUAAGUAUGUUAGCACUUAACCUAGUUUCUAAAGCUGAAACAGAUGUUUCUUCACUUCAGUGGUCAGUUUACUAUUGUCACUUGUCUCUUGAUAUUAUUAGAUGCUCCCUGGUUCCCAGAGCAAUGAGAAUGAUUUGAUGGAUAAUUACAGCAAUCAGUUUUACCGCACACAAUAUUGGUUGCAACAUGUUUCAAAUACUUAGUGGUUGUAAACUCCUUGGGGUUGGGACUUGUCCUUCUACACUCAAUAAAACACCGUGCACACUACUGGUGUGUAUAAGUAAGAGAGAUACAUACAACCCCCCCCCCCAAACACACAUUCACACUCACAUACAGCUCAAUGUCAAGGCAGUGCUUCAGUAUUCACAAUGUACCGUAGUUCUCACAGUAAAUCAAAGUCACUUGCCCAGAAACCAUCCACACGCCCCAUCUAAUAGCUAACUGCAAUUGACACAUUGCUGCCUUCUCUCUUCAGCUCUCUGUAAACAUUACUUUUUACAAAUAACAGAGCAGCAUUCCAUAAAACACCAGCUGCAGAGUAAAAUCAUUGGAGUCUUAUUAAAGAAAUUAGGCAGCAGUGCUUCUGAAUACCGGUUUCUGGAAACCACAGGAGGAAAGAGUGCUCUUGUGCUUGGUUUCUGCUUGCAGGUUUCCCACGGGCAUCUAUUUGGCCACUGUGAGAACAGGACAGUGUCAGACUUGGAUAUUAUGGCACCCUUUGUAAGGCCAGCAUCCCCCGGCCUCACACUGCUGGGAAAUCACUAAGUAGGCUUUGGGAAGGAGUACUGGGUAGAUUUACAGACAUAUAUCUCUUGCACGGUGGAAAUAUAUUUAUAUUAUGGAUUCUAUAGUUCAACAAUGGAAGCAUUCUAUGAAAUUUGCUGUAGUGGUACUACUAAAAGAAUUUUUAAAAUGUCUAGUUCCACCUCAAGCAGUUGUUUGAGAUGUAAAAGCAAAUAUACCAUUAAAAAUGGUAUCUGAAAAAUGGUAUCUGAAGAGGUGUGCAUGCACACGAAAGCUCAUACCAAUGACAAACUUAGUUGGUCUCUAAGGUGCUACCGGAAGGAAUUUUUUUUUAUUUUGUUUCGACUAUGGCAGACCAACACGGCUACCUACCUGUAAUUAAAAAUUCUGUUAAGGUAUUGCAACUUCUUGAAUGUUAUUAAAGAAAUUAUGAGAGAUGUGCCUGUUUACAUUAUAUUAUUAAGUGAUUUGAGAAACUGUGUGAAAAGGAAACAUAGGACAGAAGUGGACAGUUAAUUAGCAAAUCAUCCUUGUGAAGAACUGGAAAAGUAAUAGGAAACAAUAAACUGAUGAAUGGUUUAGGAAAGAAUGAAUGAAUUGAUCAUGUGCAAACGGCUAUUACCACAGUACUUUUGAGUAGUAAUAGAACUGUGACAAACUUUUUGGAAGGUUAGGAAAAAGUUAGUAAGACUGGACUGAAAAUUAGAGAAAACACAAGUGAAACCAUGUAAAGAACUAUGUUUGUUUUAUAGAACACAGGAAUAAAUGCUUUGUCUUCUGUAUAUUUUAAUAUAUUAAUGUGAAAUUGUAAAUGGUUUUAAUGUUGAACUCAUUUAAAAAAAUUAAAAGUACCUAGCAAAUGUUCUUGAACUAUUGUUUUAAAACAAUAUUUUACUGUGCAUCCAAACACCCAGCAAGAGCAACUCUCCCUCAACUUGCAUCUAUUGUGGUAAAACACUUAAUUCCUGAUAUGCAAACCUCUCAGCUGCCUAAUUAUGAUUUUAAUAUAGGUUCACAGAACUAGAGGGUGCUUUUGUCUCAAAGGGUUAUUCCUCGAUGUUAUUCUUAUGAAUUAGCAUCAGUUCUUUUUCAAUAAGACUCUUACUUUGCCUAUGGUGACAUCUGGCUAAAUCUUUUUGAUGAAGGCUAUUCUUAUUCUUCAUGUUCUGAAUGCUUU